AGCGCUGCACCCAAUGAGGUGUUGUUCGCUCGUUGUCUCCCGUAUAUCCGACGUGACUUGCCAUCCGUAUCUCGUUUGUGCGUUGUCUCGGGUUACUUCGAGAUGCUGUAUGGUGAGGCUGUUGCGGCUGCACUGCGCCGUCCGUAUCAUACUCGCUUGGCUGACCCAGACCAUAUCCUGAACCACGAAACAGACCCUACCCUGAACCAUGAACCAGACCCUACCUUGAACCAUGAACCAGACCCUACUCUGAACCAUGAACCAGGCCAUAUCCCACACCAUGGUCCUGACAGCGCCACGAAUUCUGACCUUAAUGGUACCAUGUUCCCUCAGCCGCAGAUAGAGCUCGAUGCUGAUGCGCGUCAGCCAUUGUCCUGGGCAUUGCUGCCAGCAAAAGAGUUGGUACAGCGUCUGGAAAAACUGGAUGGCGGAGACAUCGUGGAUUGUUUUGGUGCUCUUCCCCGCUCCCGUCGUCCUGCAUAUGCCAUGAGAUCAAAGAGGAAGCGUUGCGCAGCUCUGGUUCAGCAGGUUCAGCAACGUCUCUCGCACUUACAGUCUCUCGGAGACUACAUGUUUCUAGUCGAUGUGCUCUGUGUGGCACCCUUUGCAGUUCCCACUACGCGCAUGUCAAUGUCGUCCCUCGUGUUGUGCAUAGAAUUCUCUUCCAUCCUUAUCGAUCGCUUGGAGCAGCCCAUCGUUGCCUUACCUGAGAGACGCAAGCUACAUUGUAAGCUUGUCAAAGAACAGUCGGCUGCGCAGCUGAGUCAGUUUAACGCAGAGAUCGUUGCGCAAUGGCCGAAAGUCGUUCCCCGCAAUGUUGUCAUGGAAUGCUUGCGGGAUUACGUGGAUGGUUCGUGCUGGCGACCUGGUGUAGUGUGCGCGGUGUGCUCGCGCCAGGUUCGCAGCAUCAAUGAGUUGCGUGUCGAUGCUGACGCUGAUCUUUCUUUGAGCCUGGAUUUACUGCAGUUGAAUGACCCAUUCAUCACAGCCAAGUGUGUUGUUCAGACCCUGUCUUCAGAAUUCACUUAUCAGUGCAGCGUACUGAAUGGUCUUAUGCUGGACAAGACAGGUAUUCUGGUCUGUACCCUGGACAGCACCACUCUCAAUGUUUGCGGCCAGUGUUUUAAGUCACUCUCCCGUGCCAAGAUGCCAUGUUUUGCUCUGGCGAACAAGCUCUAUCAAGGCCAUCUCCUGGCACAGUUCUGCGACCUCACUUGGGUGGAGGAGAUGGUCUGUGCCAUUUACAGGAAUAUGGCGCAUGUUACUCGUCUCUAUCAGUCAAGUGAUCCUGCGCAACCCUUGGUUUUUCAUGGAAACACCUGUGCCCAUGAGACAAACAUAGUGUCCACUGCCGAGGUACUACCUCGCACUCCUGCAGACAUCAAUGGCAUGUUGAUGGUGGUGUUUGUAGGGCCAUUGAAGCUGACACCGCAGUCACUCAAGACUCUGUUUGUUAUGACACACGGUCUGUGGUCUUUUCUUUGUUGGCUGUGCAAUCAUAACCAUUUGUAUGAACAUAUUAUUUUGGAUGAGGCUGUUAUGAAUCUUUACCCUGAGGAUGGCACUGUUCCUGGAGUGGCCGAUCGUAUCAUCUAC